GACCUUACUUCUCAGGUCGCCUCGUGCCCCGCGAGAAGGUUAUCGGCGAACAGCCCGCCGCCCACGCCCUGCGAGUAACACUCAUCAUUGGCCGUGACCUUCAUCGCCUUCGCAUCUCUGAAUGAUGCACCGCCAUCCUCGACAAGCUACGUCUACCCCUGACUCAGGAGGACAUGGUCGCUCACGAAGGGAGGCUCCUCGACGGAGAGACUUGGCUGCGAGCGCCGCAGCGGCAGCAGAGCUGACUCUGAUCCCCAUACCACCAUCGCCUACGACCGCAUCUGAGGCAUCUACGCCGUCGACCGGUACAUCAGCCGUACCUGCGGACAUCGACGCUGCGAUCGCGCAGCGUCGAGUCACCUUCAUCGAGGAUCAACUGGCUUCCGGUUUGACGCCGGAAUCCCUGUUCCUCGAGUUCAGCCACGGCGAAACUCAGCGCCGCGCCGAAGAGCCAGCAUGCGACUCCACUCAGAUCGAGGAUAGACUCGAAGACCUCCAGCAGUGCUACGAGCAGCUCAUCAGCAUGGUCGCAGCUGAUAGCGUUACUAUCUUCGCUCUGAUUCCUCGCGUCGGCGAUCCGCAGCUCAGAGAAACACUGCAAGGCUUGAAUAUUCUGUCGCUCGGGAGGGUACGACGCGAGGGUUGGAGGCAGCCUUCACAACCUAUCCAACGCAAUCAUGGGGAGCAAACAAACUCUGUUUCAUCUGCUCCUACGAGGACGAACGAUCUCAACUUCCCGGCUCCCUCGGCCCCCUCAACGCGUUCUUCCUCCACAAAUUCUCCUGCGUCGAACGGUCACUCGUCCACUUCGCGCGCAGGCGUUCGACAUUCCCCUUCCCCUUCUCCCACCAGCAUCCUCUUAAGGCUUGGACGCAACCUAGAAAAUGGGGAUUUGCGUCCUGCGCAGUACGGGAUUCCGUCCGCGACAUCCGGUGGUCUCCCGCGAACCUUCACGCCGUUGCGCCAUACAUCGCGUGAUGAAUACGUCUGCCGCUCUCGAUAUGGCCUCGGCGCAGGGGCUGCGCCUGGCACACUCCAAAGAGAAACCGGAACUCUCGUUGUUGUGAAAGGGAUAUCCUGGCGUAGAAAUGCGACUUCAUGGAGGGAGUUCAGCUCGGAAGAACACCAGAUCCUAGGGUCUUUGAUGGUGCAGUCAUACGUCCCGAUUCACGAGAACAUCCAGUUUCUACGCGACGUAUUCUGCGACGAGGAGGACAGCGGCUGGCUGGUCGCGGUCUACGACUACAUGCCUGUGAAUCUUCGUCACCUCUUGCGCGACGGGCCUCUCCCGCAGUCUCUCACCGCCAGCAUCUUCCUGCAGCUGUCUGCAGCGCUUGAGCACCUCCACCAGCAUCACAUCGUCCACUGCAAUGUUUCUCCAGACCACAUACUCUUGUCAUUUGACGCGCAAGCAGGGAGAUUGGACGUUAAACUGGCCGGUCUUCGCCAUGCCAUGCGUUCCAGGACGUCUCCGUCGGAGCGUCGCAUCGCAGUGGAUGCUGCAAGCCCACUAUUCCCAGUUAUGAACGGCACAGCACCUGGCACACAAGAGCUAUCCGAAUGGACGACGCGACGCAGGCACUUUGGCGGCGCGGCAAUCCCUCCCCUUUUCUCGCGCUCGUCUCUCACAACGCGCGGGACCGGCAGACAUGCUGGGCACACUGCUGAAAUCCUUCAAGGCGGCUACUAUGACGCGCCCGAAUGGCACUGGUCAGCCCUCGAAGAACCAUCUGAGAAAGCUGACUACUGGUCUCUCGGCGCCGUCGCAGCCGAGAUGGUGCUUGGCGUGCCUCUGUUCCCCGCUCACGUGGACGCGCUUCCACCUAUGUCCGCAGCGUCUACUAAUUCAGGCGCGCCGCCGAUGCACCCCUUGCUCGCAAUAGCUUCUGUCCUGGGCAGUCCGGAUCCCCAGCGACAAUAUGUCGUCGAUGACUAUGGUGGUAUCAUCGGAGGGGGUUCCUGGACGCAGGGUAUGGAAUGCGCGCGAUCUGUAGGCCUCUACUUUGACUCGCCCUUCCAGCCCGUGGAUCUGCUAGAGCACCUUCUCAAACGCGCCCCCGUUUUCCUUGCGCAGGCUAUUAUUGACCUUUUAUGGUAUAAUCCUUCGCGUCGUGGACUCCACCUCGCCGAGAUAGCGCUGUACCUUCGCCCACUCGCUGCUUGUGCGCCAGAUGUACUCGCAAGGCGACACGCAUCCCUAGCGAACAAGAUGGACAUCGAAGCCAAUGCAGCCGGUCGGACGCCAGCGUCGUCGAGUCUUUCGCAGCCAGUAUUGUCGCACGAGGCAACUCACAACUACGCGACGUCAAGGCGCCAUGGAGGACCACGGUCUUCCGAUGGACGCGCUUCGCCAUACCAAAGCGAGAGAUUCAAUUCCGCUGCGGGAGAUCGCGCCACAUUGGGAGCGAAUGGCGCCGCGCUGAAAAGGCUGGCGGAGCUGCUAGGGCCGCAAGAAACCGUGCGGGCCUUGGCGAGACGCUCCCCUCCUCCGCCUUCUGCUGUCCCUCGCUCAACCGAGCCCUCCGAGUCCACUCGCUCUUCUGUCACGCCCGACGACGAAGAGACACGCCCCCUUCAGCAUAGUGCAGUUCCAACGCUGCUUAGCGACCUCUCUUUUCUGUCGCCAGCGACAACUCCCGAUAUGGCCUUACCAGUGUCUUGGGACAACAGAGAGCUCUCGCCAAAUUCCACCCCCAGGCGACGCAUUCGGGAAUGGUUUCAAGGUGUCGUACCGGGGUACCCCGCAACGCCGACUGCAUCGUCGAUAUAUUCUUGGCGAGAUAGUAGUCUGUAUACGCCGUCUGCCUCCGUCGCGACGCCUAUACCAUGACUUCUCCUUUGUUGCUGAGGGAUUGGGGCGUCUGGGACGCCGGCACUAUUUAUCGUAUCUGGAGGUAGUUGUGAGAUAUCUGAUGUUCUGUCAAUGAAGUACUGAACACACUGACCUGGACUGAUGAUUCUCCAUUCGCCCACGCGGACUAACUGCUCCCUUAAGCUCCCCACCGGCUUCCCCGUGAAACUCGAAUCCGCUUCCUCAACGUGAUCAUCCUCUGAGGUGGUUCCGUCGCUUUCGACAUCGUUCCCCGUGUCGUCCUCAGAGGGAUCUGUGACCUCGUCGCU